AUGAGAUAUAAGGUACAUUACUUAAGCAGAAACGUAGUAAAACCAAUUUAUCCCCAUAAGACAUCAUCCUUCCUGCCAAGUCCCCAAUUUACCUCCAUCUUAUCCUCUACCUUCAACUCGCGCCGCGGGGCCACCGCGCGCCGUCGGCGGCCACGCACCGACAUCCAGUGCAAGAAUCGCGUCGACACGCUCAAGAAGAAGUACAAGGCCGAGCGUGCCCGCGGUGGGCCCUCCGCCUGGAACUUCUACGGCGAGCUCGACCGCCUUGUCGGCCCCACCCUCUCCGCCUCCGCCGCCACCAAGAAGCACCCCUCCUUCGGGCUGCCGGCCCCUCACUUCGCCCUGCCACUCCAUCCUUCCGCCGCAAGGAGGCACCCGUCGCCCUCGUCUUCGCCGUCCCCGCCUCCGCCCAUGGCUCUGCCGCUGUCCAACUACCGCCACGGGGUACCUCUCCCUGCCGCCGCGUUUAUCCAGCAGGCCGCCGCCGCCGCUGCCGCGAUUUCUGAUUCAGACGACUCUAGUGAUCUCGGUGACAAUAACAACAGCAACUCGCAUCAGUCACCGUCCCACUUCGUUUCAUCGCACUCCGGGGGUAACAACAAGCGCCGCCGUAGUAGCGAAAGCAGCGGUGGUGGCGAUGGUGGUGUCGGCGAGCUAGCGAGAGCGAUCGAGGCAUUUGCAGAGAUGUACGAGCGCGUCGAGAGUGCCAAGCAGAAGCAGUCCCUGGAGAUGGAGCGAGAAAGGAUUGCCUUCAUGAAGCAGCUGGAGGUGAAGCGCAUGGAGAACUUCGUCGAUGCACAUGUGAAGCUCGCAAGAAUGAAGCAUGCCAAGAAGAACGAAGGUUAUGCAGCCAAUGGUACCAUUGGAGUCGAGUUGGCUUCCUCCAUGGCUGCGCUGCCUUUCCUCUCCAACCCUGCAUACCUCUAAUGUUGAGGAAGCCUCUAGGUAAAGUUGAUUGGUCAUUUCAGUUUAGAUGAACAUUGCUCUAGGUUAUUGUUUGUUUCCUUGAU